AUGCUACCGCUCCAGCCACACGCGACAGCGCCGCCGGACCCAGCGCUCUUCAAGAGCACGGAUGCGCUCCGCCAGUUCAUCUCGCCGACGAGCGUCGUCUCCAACACGCCGCAGGCUGUCCCGACCAAUAACUGGUGGGGCAACCUCCUCUCGGACAAUGGGUCCCAAGACAUCGACCCGAUCUACCCGAGCCCGUACGCCGUCUUCAUCCGAAAGAAGGCGGGCUCCAUCGCGUGCAGCUACUUGCACCAGUACGUGCACCACGGUCCGCUCAAUGAGAACGGCGCGAUCAAGUACUACUUUACGCCACGCGUCGAGAACCUCCAGUUCUCUGGCCUUUUUGCCGCCGCACCGCGCUUCCAAGUCGAGCGGUGGGACGACUUUGGCGUGCAGAUCGCCUUUGCAGCGGGCGACGCGUCCUUGCGCUCGUAUCAGAGCCUCGGCCAGGCCUUCGCGUCGCUCUCGUACACGAAUCUGGCGUUCCGACUUGGGUCCGAGCACGCUUUUGUCUCCAUCGACGGCCAACCCGCCAGAGACCGCCAGCUCGUCGGCCGCGCCGAUGCUAGAACCAACAGCAUGGUCGUGACGCUCAACAACGACCAACGGUGGUUCGUCGCGUGGACGUCGGCUUCGUCGACCAACGUCGUCAUUGCAUUUGACGUGGCCACGCAGUCGUUCUCGUCGACAGCGCCAUUCUCGGGUGUCGUGCAAGCCGCCUUUGUCCCGAACGACGACGUGCUAGCGCUCUACGAGGCGUGCGCCGGCUCGUUUGUCAACGGUGUCGCGCUUCGUGUCGAGAGCGCGCAUGCCUUUGCGUACACCUUUAACGUGGCCCACGUCGGUGCGCCGGCGCGUACCUUUCUGCAUUUUGCGCUCACGCACCACGAAGCGCUGCUGCAGAGCGUCGACGCGGUUCCGUCCUUGAGCCUCUUUGCCCACUCGCGCGGUCCCAUGCGCGCGCACGUCGUCCCGCAGUCUGGCGAGUGGCAGCUGGCGUUUCCCGAGGCCGAAGACGCCAAGCUGGACCUGUUUACAGGUCUACUGCCGCCCAUGCGCCCGUCGCCAGCCGACGUGACGGCCCACGGGCUCGUGCAAAUCCUAACGGACGAGAUCGACGGCGAGUGGCCGCUCCCACCAAGCUAUUACUUCAAGGGCAAGGCGCUCCAAAAGUACGGCAGCCUCUGCGUCGUGGCCGCCGACCUCGCCAAGUCGCGUCCCGAGCUCGGUGCCCUCGCAGCGGCUGCCCUGACCAAGUUCAAAGCACUGCUUUCCGACGUGGGCGAGAACGCGAGCACGUACCCGCUGGUCUACGACACUGUCUACGGCGGCAUCGUAUCCUCGGAAGGGUUCCAGAAGCACGACAUCAACGUCGAGUUUGGCAACGCGGUCUACAAUGACCACCACUACCACUACGGCUACUUUGUCACAGCGGUGGCGAUCGCGUACCACUUGGACCCGAGCUGGGUCGACAAGACGUCGCGGCUGCACCGCUUCGUCGAGACGCUGCUCCGAGACACGCUCAACCCCUCGGCCGAUGACGCGUACUUUGCGACAUUCCGCAACUUUGACUGGUUCCUCGGCCACUCGUACUCGCACGGCGUGACGCCGAUGGUCGACGGCAAGGACGAAGAGAGCACGUCGGAGGAGCUCAAUUUUUUCUAUGGCGCGCACCUCUGGGCGACCGCGACGGGAAACGCGCCACUUGGCGCGCUCACCCGCCUCUUGCUCAAGCUCGUGGCGCUCUCGCACCAGACGUACUUUCUGAUUGCGGACGACAACGUGACGCACCCGCCGGCGUUCCGGAAAAACAAGGUCAGCGGCAUCCUCUUCGACAACAAGGCCGACUACGCCACGUGGUUCAGCCCCAACCGCGAGUGCAUCCACGGCAUCCAGAUGCUGCCCGUGACGCCGAUGCUCGCGUACGUCCGGACGCCGACCUUUGUCGCCGAAGAGUGGCACCAGAUCCUCGGCAAGCUCUCGCUGGCCCCCGCCAAUGCGUGGGCGUCGCUCUUGGCGGUGAACCAGAGCCGCCUUGACCCUGCCGCCGCCGUUGCAACCCUCAAGUCGUGCGCGAUGGACGACGGCCUUAGCCGUGCCUUUGCGCUGUACAUGGCCAUGGCCCACCGUUGUGAGUCGCCGCUCGUCGACGGCGGCUGGGUCUAUCUGCGCGUUGUGUAG